AUGGCUAGCACAAACUAUGCAAAACAAAAGCCAUACUAUUGUGUCGAGAGUUUACCGACUCGAUCUAAAUUAGCUCCAUAUAAAUUACUAUACGAUAAUAAUCUUUAUAUUAUUGAAGAUAUCUUAUUCCAAGCAGAUGAUAUUCAACUACCUUCAAAAUACAUAAAUCUCGAAGGGUUCGAGGACAUGGGUCAGGUAUUAAAUUAUACAAAAGGCUUCACAUGCAACCUUAAUAACAAUAAUUACAAAAAUUUAGAAUUCAAGCCUGCAUUUCUGAUCAUAAAUCACAAAGGAAUUAUAGAGAGUCUAUCUUAUACAGCAUAUCUUGAUGGUCAAUAA